AUGCCAUCCCAACAAUACACCCCUCCCAGCAGCACCUCCUCCCCCGCGCCGCCACCGCCACCACCACCACCGCCCUCCUCAGCUCCCCCUCCCCACGACUCCUCCCUCCUCACCCUCCCCCACCCCACCGCCCUGAUCCCCCCGUCCGUCGACCCCUCCCUUUCCCCGCCCCCCACCAUCCUCGUCACCGGCGCCAACGGCCUCAUCGCCUCCCACCUCUGCCACCAGCUCCUCCUCCACGGCUACCGCGUGCGCGGCGCCGUCCGCGACGCCCGCAAACACGCGUGGUUGACCGCGCAUUUCGCCUCGUUCGUCUGCCACGACAACGACGAAAACGACAACGAUGCCUCCAACAAUGCUUCCAACGACAACGGCAACGAUGCCUCCAACGAAAACGGCAACGAUGCCUCCAACGAAAACGAUGGCGCCUCCAACGACGCCUCCAACGUCAACGACAACGCAACCGCAAAACCAAAAAAACCAACCCCUCGCUUCGAGCUCGUCCAAGUGCCCGACAUGCGCGCCCCCGGCGCGUUCGACGAGGCGGUGCGAGGCGUCGAGGCGGUGGCGCACGUCGCGAGCGUCAUGUUGGGCGCCGGCGGCGACCACCCCGUGCGCGACGUCGUCGGCGGGACGGUGGAGGGGGCGCGGCGGGUGUUGGAGGCGGUGCAGGCGCAAUAUGAGGCCGGGCGGCGCGCGGAGGACGGGGCGGCGGCGCCGGCGCCGGGGGUGCGGCGGGUGGUGUUUACGAGCUCGGCGGUGGCGGUGCGGGAUAUGGAGGCGUUUCAUGAUCGUGGGAACGGGAGUGAGACGCUGGGCGCGGUGGAGGGGCCGGGGGAGUGGAAUGUUGGCGUGGUGGAGGCGGUGGAGGGGGGGAGGGCGGAGGGGUUGCCGGCCGGUGGGGCGGAGCGGGUCAUGAUGGCGUAUGCGGCGGGGAAGACGAUGGCGGAGAGGGAGGUGUGGGCGUGGGCGGCGGGGGAGGGGGCUAGGGAUGGGGUCGUUGUGAAUACGGUGGUUCCGGCUGGUGUGUUCGGGAGGCCGCUCAGCCAUGAGCAUCAGGGCUAUCCGUCGUCGUCGCAGUGGGCGCCAAAGGCCUUUACGGGGGAUCCGGACUUCAAGCAGUUCCCGAAUUUCUACUGGAUCAACAUCAAAGACAUGGCGCGCCUCCAUGUGGCAGCGCUGGUGCAUCCCGGCGUUGUGAACGAGCGCAUCUUCGGCUUUGCGGGAACCUACACGAUGAAUGAGUUUCUCGCUUUCUACCGCAAACACUACCCGGAUCGGGAAUUCCCGGCGGAUAUCCCGGGCCUGGAAUCCGAUCUGGUCGAAGUCAAGCCUGCCAAAAGGGCUGAGGAAAUUCUCAAGGGAAUGGGAAGGCCGGGAUUCGAGACGCUGGAGGACACUGUGAUGGACAACAUCAUAGAUAUCGCUUAG